AUGAACAUCGUGGUGGAGUUCUUCGUGGUCACUUUCAAAGUUCUCUGGGCGUUCGUGCUGGCCGCGGCGCGCUGGCUGGUGCGGCCCAAGGAGAAGAGCGUGGCCGGCCAGGUGUGCCUCAUCACCGGCGCGGGCAGCGGCCUGGGCCGCCUCUUUGCUCUGGAGUUCGCCCGGCGCCGGGCGCUGCUGGUGCUCUGGGACAUUAACACGCAGAGCAACGAGGAGACGGCGGGCAUGGUGCGCCACAUCUACCGCGACCUGGAGGCGGCCGAUGCCGCCGCGCUGCAAGCUGGGAAUGGUGAGGAAGAAAUUCUGCCCCACUGUAACCUGCAGGUUUUUACCUACACCUGUGAUGUGGGCAAGAGGGAGAAUGUCUACCUGACGGCUGAAAGGGUCCGCAAGGAGGUUGGUGAGGUCUCAGUCCUGGUCAAUAAUGCUGGUGUGGUCUCUGGACAUCACCUUCUGGAAUGUCCUGAUGAGCUCAUUGAGAGAACCAUGAUGGUCAAUUGCCACGCUCACUUCUGGACCACGAAAGCCUUUCUUCCAACAAUGCUGGAGAUUAAUCAUGGUCACAUUGUGACAGUUGCAAGUUCCUUGGGAUUGUUCAGUACUGCCGGCGUUGAGGAUUACUGUGCCAGUAAAUUUGGAGUUGUGGGUUUUCAUGAAUCACUGAGCCAUGAGCUAAAAGCUGCAGAAAAGGAUGGAAUUAAAACCACCUUGGUUUGCCCUUACCUUGUAGACACUGGCAUGUUCAGAGGCUGCCGAAUCAGGAAAGAAAUCGAGCCUUUUUUGCCCCCUCUGAAGCCUGAUUACUGUGUGAAGCAGGCCAUGAAAGCCAUUCUCACCGACCAGCCCAUGAUCUGCACCCCGCGCCUCAUGUACAUCGUGACCUUCAUGAAGAGCAUCCUACCUUUUGAAGCAGUUGUGUGCAUGUAUCGGUUCCUAGGAGCAGACAAGUGUAUGUACCCCUUUAUUGCUCAAAGGAAACAAGCCACAAACAAUAAUGAAGCAAAAAAUGGAAUCUAAGAAUCUUUUUGUAUGGAAUAUCAUUUCUAUCAGAAGAUGACCAAGAUAUUUCAGUCCAGUGCACAUCAGCAUUAAUGACAUUCUCUGGGGUCUAAUCCAUGUUGACUUUUCUUAAUCAACCUUUUUUAAAAAAAUAAUAAAGUAUAAAUUAACUGAUAGAAUACUUGGGAAAUGUGAUCAGUAAAAUAAGUGAGAGUUAACUUGUUGCCAACAGGGUCAUUUAAGAUAGGACCCUAAAACCAUUUCAAUCUUUGACAAGCACUGUAUGAAAUCUUUGGGCCAUUGUUAUUUUUUUUCUUUGAUGAACAAAAGGUCUAGAAAUGAUAACUACAGUAUGUUUCCUGUAUAUGAUUUUUCUGAAUUUUUCUCAUUGUUAAACUCUAACCCACUGACAUCCUUGCAACUUCAAGGACUGAUAGCACUAUAUUUUGUCAUGUUUUCUAAAGUUUUACAGAGCUUUUUCCUGGUAUUUGUAUCUUUUAAAAAGACAUUUUUAAAUCUCCAUCAGUUUGAAGUAAAUAAUGUCUGAGCAUUAUAGUAAAGGUCUCUUUCUUAACCUUGUAAUGACUGAAGUAUUGCUGACUUUUAAAUUCAUAUCUCUGAAACACUUCAUUAAGCAUCUGAAGACCUACAUAUCUAAAAGAUCAUACAAUUUCUACCUGUGAUUUCUGAUGCACCUAGAAAGUGCCCUUUCCUCAGGGAGUUGCUAUGGGUCGCGUUUGGGGUUGACUCUUACCUAGAAUACAUAGCAGCUCUGCAAAGAACAGUCUCUAAAAACAGGAACUUCAUUAAAAAGUCCCCAUUUUUGUGCCAACUAUGAUUAGUGAGGGGGAAAAUCAUAUUCCAUGGGAGUAUUUACAAAAGGGUGUAAAGAUUUCUUUGGAACAUUCACAUUCUGGAACAGCAAAUGGCAUUUUUUACAGUAUUUUUUUGUAAAGCAAACUUUUGUGCCUUGAAUUUGGUAUAUGUGUAUUAGUGGAACAUUGUAAAAGUGAACUUCUACCUCUGUGUCUAUGUAUACCAUCCACUUGUAAAUUACUAUGAACUCUUAUGUGAUUGCUUUUUUUUUAGAAUGUCUUGUUUUCAUUGUGACCAAUGUUUAAGGCUAGUAAAAUAAGCCAACUUAUUGGGAAGUUUUAUAAAGGGCUGAUUAAACUUAAAGAAUUAACUUACGU